AUGGACUCGCCGUCUGCUCCCCGCUCAUCCGAGGGGCGACGUGCGCCACGGUCACGCAGUGGAUGCUGGACCUGCCGGACCAAAAAGGUCAAGUGCGACGAGGGAAGGCCACAAUGCCGGCGAUGUCUGCGGCUGAAGCUUCUCUGCGAUUAUACGCCCCGGCGGAAGGCAUUUCAGAUCGGACGGCAGAUCGUCCAGUCACAGCGCCGGCGCCCUGCUGCAGACACAGCCGGUACGGACACCGCGCCCCAAACGUCGCCCACCAGGGAUUGGUUCCAGUCAUUUUUGAGGCAAGACGAAGCAAGAUCCAUCUCGACCUUUCGCAUGCCAGUGCCCGCGACCAGCACGUCCUCGGUGGCACUCACGGCGAGCGACCAUGAGGCCAUCCGCUAUUUCCGGACGACGUUUGCCAAGCUACACCACACCAAGAAUCCGGAUUACUCUCUCUAUUCCAUCAUGUUCAAAGUCGCCGAGGUCAAUCCGGUCGUGAUGCACAUGGUGCUGGCGGUGGGAGGGCGAGAGAUGGAGUUUCAGAGGAAUCUACAGAGCGGACAUGAACUACUAGGGCGAGGAGCCGGUUCUCCUUUGUGGCAUUACUCCCAUGCCCUGAAGCUGAUGGCCAAAGUCAUCGGAAAUGAAAGUUCCAACCGGUUCAAUUUCGACUCGAUCUACACCGCAUUGUACCUCAUGCUGUUUUAUGAACAAAAAUACGGUGACGACCAAUGCGCUGGACUGGUUCACCACCUCAACGGUGCCGCGCAGAUCCUCAAGCAACAAUACAGCGACCAGAUGAGCCUUUUACCCCCCGUUGCUCGAGCACAUCAACCAUGGGCUCUCUCCUCCCAUGCCCAUAGGCUGGCACCAAACCGCCACCUGUCCCUUUAUGCUGCCCGACUCUUAAUGUGGAUGGUUAACUUUGACACUUCGGCGGCCUCCUAUGGAUUGGACAGUCAACUACAUGCCACCCUAUACGAACUCAUGAGCACGACUACCCUUGACGGGCAGGCUGGUCACUACAGUCAGCCGUUGGAGAAAUUCGAGCAGUUGCACCAUUACUCUAGCCCACUGUACCGGAUCGUGUGGGGCGAUGGGUACCCCCAAACCGAAUUACUGGAUGACGUUGAAAAUCGAAACGUGUUCUUCUUAGAGGGUGCAUGUGUUCAACUGCGAUUCAUGGUAGCACAGCUGGCUAAAUUCCAGGACGGUAGGACCGAGGCGGCGACGCGGUGGGCGUCCGACACUGAGCUUUCGAUCGAGAACACCCGCAAUAAGUUUUGCGAUUUAAUUGAAGUCGCGGCGGGGCUUUCUGCCUCCACGGACAACUCGCACCGGCUUGUUGCCAAUCUCCGCCGGGUGGUGCCACUGUUUUACGCCGUGCUGAUUUAUUUUCUCCGCGUCCGAUCGGGUCUCAGUCAAUCUCGGACCCCGCAGCAAGUCGACUCGUUACGCCAUAUCAUGAAUCUGGCAUUCCAGGCGCACAAAUACGACGGGGAGAAGGCCAUGGUGCGCAUCGCGUGGCCAUUGUUCAUGGUGGCCCUGGAGACGAAUGACCACCUCCACCGGGAGUGGGUCCUCAGCCGAUUCCGUGCCAUCCGUCAAUUUGGCUUGAAUUUCGAACGAGCAUAUCAGUUCUUGGUUCAUGUUGUUGAUGUGCAAAGCAAGUUGGGGGAACGUGUGGAGGUGCGGGGUAUCUCUCCAUCUCGUGAUUUUGGCUUGUUUGUUCUCUAG